AUUUGAAAUGCACAUGCAACCCUGCUAACUACAGCGAUUCAGCCAUCAUCCUUUUGCGAAUUGUUUAUUGCAAGUUUCGAAUAUUCGCGCCUGUAAAUUAUCCAUACUUGUGCGUGAAUCCGCAAGAAGUUAUUUAGUUUGUGAAACGCCUGUGUAAAAAAGAUUUUGCCUAAAUACCAGCCCAUCUGGUGCACUAUGUAUUUUUGGUGUCUGUUACAAUCCGCCGAAUAGGUUAGCGUCAUGAUGAAAAGUGAACCUUCUGAUCCAAUCAUUACAGUAACAUUGGAAUCUGCAGAUAUGGAAAUGCCAGUGGAAAAUCUUGACAUCACCCCUAGAAAUGCACCUAAAAGUAGUGGUUCUGUGGUGCGCGUUCCAAAGUCUUUGAGCCCCCCAAAGGUACAGAAUUUCUGGGUGGAGAUGCCCCAAAUGAUAGUUGUGGAGACCCGUUUUAUUACUCAGCAGAUAGCAACACAGAAUAAAAUUUACUCAGCGCAAACACUGCUGCAGAUAACUGAUCAACACAAUAGUAUAGAUAUUCGAAAGCCAUGUUUUGCUGCAUCUACGCAAACGACACCACCACCGCAACUAGUAGACGUAGGUUCCUUGGUGAAGCCAGACGUUGCUGAUGUUGCCGUAUCCACCGAUAGUCCUAAUCCCUGCCGAAAUCGCGCACAACAAACAUCGAAAUCUGCCAAUCAAACAACAACGAUAGGCAUCCAAUGCAAUUUAGAGGACGACAUGGCGUUUCCUGAUAUGUACUCGAAUAUUGAUACCACCGCGGAGACGGAUGAUAAGCAUGAGUUUUUAAAGUUUACCGAAGAGAAGUCUAUAUUUUACUUAAAUGGUAGAACUGAGUGUACGUUGUGUGGCGAAGUGGAAAUUAGUACGAAACGAAUGCUUUCCCAUUUGGCGCUUCAUUGGGGACCGCCAGCUCUUUGUCACUUGUGUGGUUUGCAGUUUGAACAUCAAAUGCUAAUGGCAACCCAUGAUUGCGAAAUGAAAAAGCAGCGAAGUAAAAAACGCCGAAAAGUGUACCAACAGUGCCCCAUAUUCUGGUGCGGCUCUGUAAAGAACUCCUUGCCCGCGCUAAAUGUGCACAUACGCAAACAUUUAAGUACAAAAUAUAGACGUGCCUGUGUAACUUUUGCUCUUGAUCGUACGAUGGUACUGAAAAGGCCUUCCGUGGUGAAAACAAAUUCUUUACUUCGUUGCAAUAUAUGUCUGCAACGUUGCCAGAAUGCUUCGAAGUUUGCCAGGCAUCGAAAAGUAUGCAUUCUAAACUUUAUGGGGCGGCUGAAGGAGCAGAAAGUUGUUGAACCUUUACUAAUUUUAUGUAACGAGUGAAUGGCGGAAACAAGGCUAGCAAGCCCUUGAAUUUAUUUAAUGUACGAUUUUGUUUUUUUAGAAUUGCGAGUAAAUGCGCCUAUUAAAAUGUCA